CCUCUACCCUGCGCCCACGCAGUUGUACACCCACCCUUUCCUCACGCUCUCGUCUCUCUCCACGAAACCAACGUCCCCUCCUUCCCCAGCGCCCCGGGGGAGGAACGCCGCUGCAGCCGCCGGGAGGAGUCGGUGGGCGUCCUCCUGGACGCGAAAUGCCCGCCCAGAAGCUCCUGAUCUCGUCGCCCACCCCGGACGACUCCGACGGCCGCGUUGCAGUGCGUCACGCCGCCGCCACCCGCCAGCGGGUGUCGGAACUCGGAAGCAGGGACGGAGCCUCACGUGAGAUGGAUGGGAAGUCCGUGCGUCAGGAGAGAUCGUCUCAUCGGGAGCCUCGCGACGGUGUUUCGCAGAUCGCGACGACGAGCAGGUGGGUGGCCGCGGCAGACGAGACUGAACCGACACCUACAUCGAGUCGUUCCUAUCAUCCUAUGCGCGCCGGCACCAUGGAUGAGUUUAUGCUAGUGAAAUUAGCAGAGAUACGGAAGGAGGUUCAGUGCCCUAUCUGCUUAGGCAUUAUCCGGAAGACAAGGACAGUUAUGGAAUGUUUGCACCGGUUCUGUAGAGACUGCAUCGACAAAUCUAUGCGACUAGGAAAUAACGAAUGCCCAGCGUGUCGCACCCAUUGUGCAAGCAGACGUUCUUUGAGGGAUGAUCCCAAUUAUGAUGCACUGAUUGCAGCCCUGUAUCCAGAUAUUGAUAAGUACGAGGAAGAGGAAUUUGCUUUCAGUGAGCAGGAGAGGAUUCGGAAUAAAAAGAUACAAGAAACCAUUGAGGAAACAUUCAGAAGACAGUCUGACGCAAUUGGUAAGAAACGUUCCAUGGCAAAAGCAACUGCAACCGCCUUUGCAAGGAAGUACAGGAGAACACGGGGGAGAGUUAGAACCAUUCCCCCUGAUAUUGCCCCUACUGGCUCUUCUGAGGAGGAAAGUGGAGAAGGAAAUUCCAAAGAGACAAUCAGAGAGCAAUCUUCUGCUGAUGAUCAUUCUCCAGAUUUAAGACAGAAAAGAUGCAGGAAGAGGUCUGGACCACAAGGAUCACCUGCUGGAACCAUUGGCAGUAUCGACUACAGCUUUGAGGAGAAUGAUGAAUUAGUUGGUGGAAAAGAAAUUUUAGCCACCUCUCCGUUGCAGGGAGAAAUGCUUGCUUGGGGGAAAAAUGGUGCACGGAGCCAAAAUCGACAUGGCAGUGUUGGUUCAAAUGGCAGGACUGGAAGGAGUGGGCGCAUUGCAAAAUUGGUUGAUUACCUCCAUACUGCUGAUGAAAUGGAUAAAGAGUUUCAGUUGUUUCUUCUUCUCCUUCCUGUCGAUGGACAAACCAUACCUAACUUGGAAAAGCCUUAUCUAAGCUGUCGACCAACCUUGUCCAUUAAACAUCUUGCACAGUUCGUUGCUCUUCAGUUGUCUUGUGAAGUCGAAGAACUUGAGAUGUACAUAAGGAUGGACCGCCACCGUGUAAGUGUUGGCUCGAGGCCUUCCAGUACAGGUGAGGCAAAAUCACGUCCAUUUGAUGACUUGGAAAGACUGAACGAAGAAAAACUUGUUUCGGAGCUUCAUCCUUCAUUUGUCUCUAGCAACGGUGAUAUGGAGUUACGAUAUGCUUUGAGAACUCGGGAGUAGAUCAGUUUUUAUCCUCAGCUAUCAAUUUAUGAAGUCAUACUGUCCUUGUGUAAAAAAAAUGUUCGAUGUGAACAAUGUUGACGCUGUUUUUCUCAUUGGUCAUGCUAAGUUAAUUUACCAUCUUU